AUGGAGAUGAAAAUUGUAACUUCCACAAUCAUUUUCACAGGUUGCACUGAGGGCAGGGCGCAAUGGGCCCAUGGCUUAGGUAUCGGUGGAAGUACUAUCUUAACUUACAUGGUUCAUGUCAGAGGUGACCCACAUGAUUACGAUAAAUGGGCAGCAUACGGAAAUCCAGGGUGGUCUUAUCAAGAUAUGCUUCCUUAUUUUCUCAAAUCAGAAGAUGCUCACCUUGAAAUAAAUGAUGAAGAAUUCCACAAUGAAGGUGGCUUUUCAUCUGUGAGUGAUAGCCCGUACCGAACAGAAGCCGCAAAAGCUUAUGUAAAAGCAGCUCAAGAGGCCGGUUACCCAUAUGUGGACUAUAAUGGAAAAAGUCAACUAGGGGUAUCCUACGUUCAGGCAUCUACACGUGAAGGAAAGAAAUGCACUGCUGAAAAUUCAUUCCUAAGGCCUGUACGAAAGAGAUCCAACUUGAAAAUUCAAACACGAUCUCGAGUUUCUAGAGUACUCGUAGAUGAGGAAAGUAAAACUGCUUACGGUGUUGAGUAUAUCAAAAAUGGAGAAGUUCAUCAUGCUUUAGCUAACAAAGAAGUUAUUUUAUCUGCUGGUGGUCUACAUUCCCCACAAAUUCUCAUGCUAUCUGGGAUAGGACCUAAACAACAUUUAGAACAAUUUGGUAUUCCCGUUAUUCAGGAUUUACCAGUAGGGGCUCAAUUGUAUGAUCACGCUACUUUUCCUGGAAUGGUGUUUCGUCUGAAUGAAAGUAUAGGCAUAAAUAUACUAAGAAAAUUGAUUAGUCCUUCCACGUAUCUGCAAUAUUUUAAAGAAUCUACAGGAAUAUUAACAACGUUAGGUGGAAUUGAAGCAGUUACCUUCAUGAGAACUAAUAUUUCAUCUGAACCAGAUCCAUCGUAUCCCGAUAUGGAAUUGUUAUUUGCCUCUAUAUCGUUCAAUAGUGAUUAUGGCUUGGCUUUCCGAAAAAUCGUCAACUUAUCUCCUGCUAUAUAUGACAAAAUUUGGAAGCCCUUGGAAGGUGAACCAGUGUUUCAAGUUUUCCCUAUGUUGCUUCAUCCAAAAUCUAUAGGAUACAUGGAAUUAAAAUCAAAGGAUCCUUUAGAUCCACCCAAAUACUUUGCAAACUAUCUAUCGGAUCCUGAGAAUCAAGAUGUUAAGACUUUCAUAGCAGGAAUAAGAGAAAUUCAAAGGAUCAGCGACAGUCCGUCGAUGCAAAGAUACGGAGCCAAACUAGUUGAUACCAAAAUACCUGGUUGUGAAGACUACCAGUUCAAUAGCGACGAGUAUUGGGAAUGUUAUCUGAGAACCGUUAUCGGAGGCGUUUUUCAUUAUGUUGGUGCUUGUAAGAUGGGACCUAAAAAUAAUGGAGAUACUGUGGUAGAUUCCCAUUUGAGAGUUCAUGACCUGAAACAAUUACGUGUGGUAGAUACAAGUGUUAUACCUCUUCCUUUAACGGCUCAUGCUGCUGCUCCAGCAUAUGCAAUUGGAGAAAAAGCUGCAGAUAUAAUCAAAGCUGAUUGGUUUCAAUGAUCAGUUAUUUGAAACUCAAUUGAAAUUUCAGUGUCAUUUCAUUAAAUAAAUAUUUUCUGUUA